AGACUUCAAGGCUUUAACAAAGGGACUCUGGUGGCGAGGAGUGUGGCAAGCCGCCCGGCUCGCAGGAGCGUGGAAGCGGCUUGGCUUUGGGCUGUCAAGGUGGUGGGCCAGGGAGCGCAGGGGGUCCUGGAGUUGAUCAAACGAGAGACCUUAGUCCAUGUCUCCCGGCGUCGAUGGGUGAUGCCGCAAGACCCACAACUCUACCCUGUAGCCCACCUGCUGCCCACCACCACGGUGUUCACCGUACACCGCUGCAUCAAACACACUGUGGUACUAAUAAUAAUUGUUACGACGGCUCGACAACCCCCUACGACUCGCGGGACUACGGAUCGCCGGAUUGGUGUCGUAAAACAGGUGGCGAUUACCGGAAUAGCUACGAGAAUCCUAGUGAUCUGACAAUGCCACCGCAGACGAAUCAACAGUGUCAUCACAAUCAGCAGUUGCACAAUCACCAGUCGCAGGUGCAAGUGCAGCACCAAACAAAUCAGCAGGAUCAUCGUAAUAACGAUGAUAUACAUGCUAUACCAAAAUUGGAACCACCACCAACACCACCGUCACAGGCUGAGGACGUCCCAGGGGUCGUGUGCGCUGGAUGUGGUCUCAGAAUAUCCGACAGGUUUUAUCUACAGGCGGUAGACAGAAGGUGGCAUGCCGCUUGCCUGCAGUGCUCCCACUGUCGUCAGGGCCUCGACGGCGAGGUCACCUGCUUCAGCAGGGACGGCAACAUCUACUGCAAAAAGGAUUACUACAAAAUGUUCGGCAGCAUGAAACGAUGUGCAAGAUGUCAAGCGGCAAUUUUGGCAUCAGAAUUGGUGAUGCGAGCGAGAGAUCUGGUGUUUCAUGUUCGAUGUUUUUCCUGUGCAGCCUGUACUGUACCAUUGACAAAGGGCGAUCACUUUGGUAUGAGAGAUGGCGCUGUACUUUGUCGUCUGCAUUAUGAGAUGGGAGCUGAGUUGCAUCCAUCCCAGAGUCCACCAGUACCAGUUUAUCCACCGGGUCCUCAUUAUCCUGGCCAGUCAUUUCCAUCACCUGAAUUUCUGCAUCAUCAGCCACAUCAUAUACCACCACAUCCACAUCACUCGAUGCAUCCGCAACAUCCACAUCAGUUGACGCAUGCUAGUCCCGUUCCUCUGCAACCGUCGACGCCUUCUGGGCCUGAUGCUGGCUCACCACCGAAGGUGCCGUACUUCAAUGGUGCCGCUUCCACGGUGGGAGCCAAUGCUGGAGUACCUCCACCCAGACAAAAAGGGAGACCCAGAAAAAGGAAGCCGAAGGAUUUAGAGGCGAUGACAGCUAGUCUUGACCUCAACUCGGAUUACAUUGAUAUGCCAUUUGGUAGAGGUCCUGGUACACCGGGUAUGCCUGGCUCAAAUAGCCGAACGAAACGCAUGAGAACGAGCUUCAAGCAUCAUCAGUUGAGGACGAUGAAGAGUUACUUCGCCAUCAAUCACAAUCCCGACGCGAAGGAUCUCAAGCAGCUUUCCCAGAAGACCGGAUUGCCAAAGAGGGUACUACAGGUAUGGUUCCAAAACGCACGCGCAAAAUGGCGACGUAUGGUCCUCAAGCAGGAGGGCAAGUCAGACAAGUGCGGUGGUGUUGAUGGUGGCUCCUUAAAUGACCUUGAACUGUACGGUAAUAGUGCAGGAAGUGGUGGGCCACCAAUGAGUCCACAAUUUAUGAUGGGACCACACAGUCCAGCAUCCCUCGGAUCGCUUGAUUGUGCGUGAUUUCGUACCUGUUUAACAAAACUUCCUCUGUGAAUUGUUUUCGAAAAACUGGUAAGAGACUAUUGUGGGAUUUUUCGUCCCGUUACAACGGCUGUCUAAUAAUUAUUCCCCGUGAACAAAAAAGAAAUUGAUGAUGUGAAUAUUUAUUUAGAGUUCUGGGGAAUUGUCUGUAAAAUAUAACAUACGCAUUGCUGCCCAUGACUAGACUAGUGCGUGUAGUCGUAUGUGAAUUGUAUAUUAAGAUAUAGCUUAUAUAUAAAAGAUGAUAUAUAUAUGUGGAGAAAGAUAAAUUUAUUGUAAUAAAAUGACGAGUUUAUCGUCUUCUGUACUAUAGAUAGAUUCAACAACGAGGAUUAUAUGUAUUUAUUUGUAGAAAUCUGAGUAAUUGUGGCAAGAACAAUGUUCUUUAUUUAAAUUGACGGAUGAAAAACACUUUUUGCACAUGUAAAAACACAACAAUCGAGACGAAUUAUACAAGGAUACAAGGAUCCUUCAUCGCACCUCGUUAAUGUGAGAAAAAAAAGAUGUAUAACAGUGAACAUAUUUAUUUGUAAGAGUUAUUCAGCCAGUGAAAUUUAAUUAUUAGCUACACCGUGAGUCAGUGUAAUUCAUUUUCUGUAAAUAUUGAACAAAUAGGUGAAUCAUAAUAUGCUCCUUCAGUACACAACUACACAGAGACACAUCAGAAUUUUAAUAAGGUCGUAAGGGAUGCAUUGCAGUAGGUUGCGGUCUUUUAGCUGGAGGUAAUAAUAAUGAACAUUAUCAUAAAAAAACAAAAACCACCUAUCAUCUAUUAUCCUUGUAAAUCGAUCGUGACGAUUGCCUAUAAUUUUACAAAAUGACUUUUUUCAUUGAAUAUAUUUUGACAAUAUU